AUGUUUGGCACCACUGGGCAGCAGCCCACGCCAACUGGGGGGGGCCUCUUUGGCGCCUCCACCCAGGGGUCGGGACAGGGAACGGGGACAAGCCUAUUCGGCAGUAGCGCCACGUCAGCAACAGCGAACGCUACUGGAGGGACUGCAGCUCCCUCAGGGGCCUCCUUGACGGGGGGCGGCUUCGGAUUGUUUGGGGGCGGAACCUCCUCAGGCACGUCAACUGGGACCGGCGGUGGGGGCCUCUUCGGGUCGUCUGCCACCCCUGCUGCCAAUUCCACUCCAAGUGGUGGCUUGUUUGGCAAGCCUUCAGCCUCUGGCACAACAGGGGCCAGCGGUGGGGGCCUCUUCGGCGGUCUCUCAACAGGUGCAGGAGCUCCCGCUGCUGCCUCGACGGGGGGAACUUCCACAACAGCAACCGGAGGAGGCCUUUUCGGGUCGAACACUGCCGCUGCUGCUGCUGCGGGAGCAGCAGGAGGAGGCCUCUUUGGGGCGUCGAAAGCCACACCCACUACGGCGUCUACGGGGGGCCUCUUUGGUACCAGCAGCGCUGGAGGGGGCCUCUUUGGCAGCAGUACCACCACUACGGGAGGGGGAGGCCUCUUCGGCAGCAGCGCCACCACUACACGAGGGGGGGGCCUUUUUGGCAGCAGUACCACCACUACGGGAGGCGGAGGCCUAUUCGGUAGCAGCACCGGAAGCAGCAGUAGCAGUAACAGCAGCUUGAAAAGGGGUAGUAUCAGCACCGCUGCCUUCGCCUCAGUAGACUGGCGUAACGCUGGCCUGCUGCCUAGACAGCCCACGCUGGAGAGUCUCGGACGGGUUCUGCAGAACCUGCCUCAGGGGGCAAGGGAAGUAGAGGUGCUGCUGCGGGAGCAGGAGAGACAGCUGGAGGGUCUCCAGGCACAAACUGAAUCUCUUAAAAAAUCUUUUAGCUCUCUUGAGGUGGGCCUCUCCGCGGAGGCGGCUCGCGUUGCUGCUGCUGGUCACCGCGUCUCGGUGAUGAAGAGACAAACAAACACGGUGCAGCCCCUCUUAGAAAGAGACAAGAGCUUUUGCGUCCAAGUUGAGCAGCUCUAUCAGCAGCUCAUACAGAACAUUGCGGUAGCCGCCGCGGGGAUGGAAGCUCGAGGUGCAGACGUGCCGUGUGCACUUCCUCUCCAGAUUCCGUGUGCUGUGUCGACUCCGUGUAUCCAGCAGCUGCUCCAGUCCAUAGAAAGGGCACGAGACAGGCUCUCUUUGCUUGAGGCGCAGCUGCAGGAACUGCGUGUCGCAGAGGAAGGCUGCGUCCCCUGUGAUGGAGUUUCCUCCUCCUCUCAUAGAGCCGAGCAUCAAGGCUCCCCGUUUGGCCCGCCAAGCUUCGGUCCCCGUAGAGCAGAUGGGGUUCUUAUCGCUGAAAUUUUAGGGGCCCAGCGCGACCUCCUUUUCAACGCAUCUAAGAGGGCGCUGGUUCUUCUGGAGGCAGCGCAGGAGGCCCAGGAGGCCCUUGACCAGGCCGGGAUCAAGCUGCUACCCGCCGCAGAAGACGAAGAGGCAGCAGAUCUUCAAGCAGCCUCAAGACCUGACGAUAGGGGCCAAACGAGUGGCGGGGGGGGCCCUCUGUUAGGGGCCUCAAGCUCCUUGUUUGGAAGCGCCCCGCAGCCGAGUACCGCCACUGGAGGCGGUCUCUUUGGCGGUGUGGGAGGAGGGGGCCUUCUGGGGAGUGGUGGGGGGGGUCAACAGGGUGGAGGUGGCAGCCUCUUUGGAGGCCUUUCAGGGGGCAGCAGUGGACUGUUUGGCAGCAAUCAACAGCAGCAGCAGCAGACUGGGGGCCUUGCGGCGGGGGGAGGUCUUUUGGCGGCUUCUACUGGUGGGGGUUUGUUCGGCGCGUCUACUGCGAGUGGCAUCGGAGGGCAGACAGGAGGCGGGACGGCGGCAGCAACGGGGGGCCUCUUCGGGGCCAGCUCAGGCUUCCAAGGUGCUUCUGGGGGUCUGUUUGGCAGCAAUCAACAGCAGCAGCAGCAACAACAACCCGCCACUGGGGGCCUCUUUGGAGCCUCCUCCACAGGGACCCAGCCUGCAGGUAGCGGCGGCCUCUUCGGAGCAUCGACAGGGGCCUCCGCCACUACACCUGGAGGAGGCGGACUCUUUGGAAACACGCAGCAGCAGACAGGUGCAACGGGUGGAGGGGGCCUCUUCGGGGCCUCAAACACCCCACAACAAGCUGCAGGAGCAGGAGGAGGCCUCUUCGGGGCCUCAAACACCCCACAACAAGCUGCAGGAGCAGGAGGAGGCCUCUUCGGGGCGUCCACCGGCGCACAAGGGGGGGGUGGCCUUUUCGGCACCUCCACAGGGAGUCAGGGCACUGGGGGGGGCCUCUUUGGCAACACGCAGCAAAUUGCGGUGGGAGGCGGUCUCUUUGGCACUAAGAAAUAG